AUGGGAAGUCUCCAGAUGAUUGUGAAAAAAAAGUAAGAGAUAUUCUUUCCGACCUUGUAAAGACUUUAAAAAUAGAGCAUAUUAAAGCUUUCCCUUUUUACAGAUACCAUGAAGAAAAAAAAACAUAUUUACAACUUUAUACAAGCGGUACUGGUAAAAGAAAAACAGCCAUUAAAGCUAUUCAAGAUAAUAAUUUUAAAACUGCAUCAGAUGAUUUAUAUUUAUUUCACCAUAAAGUAGUCUAA